AUCCCCCUUGUGACCCUGCUCUUACAUGGACCUGGACUCGGCAGCAUCAGGGACGUGCAUGAACUGUCAACCCAACUCAGACCAUCUCAACCUCUUUCAACCAUUCUUCAUGCGUCUUUAAUAUGAAGCAUCCUAUCGGCGACAUGCGGCGGUAAGGAAUUGCUUAGCGAACCCUUGAAACUGCGCGACGUGUCUCUCGCUCGAUUCUCCACCGUCGUUGGCUUCAUUUGUUGUUCUUUUGCUACCCAAUGCAUCAGUGCGUGUGUGACUGGAAGAUUGCAAUGAGAAUGUUCCUGUCCCAGGUGGUUUGUUGCCAUUUGUUUGUGGCCGACCUCAGAGUCAUGAGAUGAAGCUCUCAAAAAGGGCAGAGUAUUCCUUGUUCAUCUCUUCCCUUGUCAUCCUAGCUACUCCAUCCAAGUCUUUACUAAACUCUUGACCGAUAUUUUGGUUCUUCGCUACUAUUAUUUAUCACUGACCCUGUUCACCAAUUUUCCCCUUGUCCGCCUGAAACCCGUGCUGCUGCACGCCACAUUUACCCUUAGAAGUUAGGCCUCGCUUAUCACCCACAGGAUAUCUCACAAUUGCAGUUCGCCAAAAUGGCUUCUGAAAAGCGCUUGAGACGAAUAUCACAGUCCAAACCUGGUCAACGUCCUCCUCCGGGCUUGCCAAAAAGAUCCACAAGUCUACGGAAAGCGUACAACUAUCUCUUCCACCCCGAUUCUCCUACAGCACAACCCGAUCCCAUGUUCCGACGAAAGAGACACUCCGAACUACCGAAAUCAGACCCUUCCACUCAAAAUCAACUUGAUAACCUCCGAAAAGAAUUGCAACAAUGUCGGCAAGACUUGGAAGAGGCCAGAGAAAUUGUCGUUACUCAGGAGAAAGAAAUUUCUUACUACGAACAAAAUCAAUCGAAAUUAGAGGCACAAUACAAAGACAAAGAAGCGUCUCUCAAGAAACAAAAGGCUUCGCUCGAGGAUAAUAUGGUGGCGGUCGUGGUCCAACAGAUCAGGGAUGCACGAAAGGCAGAGCGAGAAGCGGUCAGACUGGAGCUGAACGCGGAAAAUCGAGGCGCUCUGGACAACCUCCACCACAAAUACAAGUCAAGAGUGGCCAUUCUGACACAAGAGCUUCAAGACUCCCGCGCAGGGACUGAGCAGAUCAAGGCCACCUAUGAGAUUCAAUUGACAACCUUACGAGGGGAGUUCGCAUCUCUCAACAAGAAACUUGAAUCCGCCAAAAUUGUUAUUGCCGAGACGACUGCGACGCUGAAAGACGUACAAGAUGCAUCCAAAACGGCUCUCGAGGACUCGCAAAAAGCGACUGCUGUUGUCAAGGCCGAACUGGAAACUCAAAUAGCCACACUCUCUGAACAGCUGCAAGAUGCUCAAGUCAAUUCACAAGAGCACAGCCAGCGAUACGCAGACCUGCAAGAGAGCUCCUCCAAGGCACUAGAAUCAGCCAAUCAAUCACUGGUUACAACCCAAGAGCAGCUUCAAAGCCAAAUUGAUUCUCAGACACAAGAGCUUUCCACUCUACGAGAGGCAUUAGAGGCUGCCUCGGCCAAAAACGACACAGAUUCUUCUACCAGCAAGAUCGCCGAAGAAGAAUUAUCUACUGCUCGACAAGAGAUUACAGACCUUACGACCAAGUUGGCCAGCUAUGAAGAGUCAAAAGAGGCAUUGUCGAUAUCCGAAGUUCGCAUCACUGAGUUGACCGAAAAACUCGGGGAAUACGCCGCAACCAAGGCCGCGCUAGAAAUGUCCGAGGAGAAGGUUGCUCAACUCAUGGUUGAUCUAGAGUUGUUCAACGCACGUAGAGACGAGCUUGCAAACUCUCAGGCAAAGAUUACGGAAAUUAAGGUUGCUGAUCUUACAGCGAAGCUUGAAGACUACGAAGAAACCAAGAUAGCUCUUGCUGAAGCUAAGGCAAAGAUUGCUGAACUAUCAAGUGAUGCCGAAGGGUAUGCUGGUCUUAAGGCCGAGCUUGAAAGUGAGAAGGAUCGAGCGGCCAGUUUCUCCAAAAACAUUGAGGAUCAUGCGGCGAUCGUUGCUGAAUUACAAGCGAAGCAUGACGAAGCCGAAGCACGCGCACUUGAUGCCGAUGAGAAGCACGGCGCACUCAUGACCCAGAUCGAGUCGUUGAAGGAGCAGCUCGCCGCUGAAACUUCGAAUCAGACUGCCGCGACAGAACAACAUGAACAACUCACAAAGCACCUCGAAGAAUUGUCAACAUCUCACCGCGAUGCACAAGCUGCGUUGGAAACUGCUUUGGCAAAAAUGAAAGACCUUGAAGAGAGCAAUGCCCAAUUCGAGUCACAACUUACAUCUGCAACCGAGGAAAAGCUGAGCUCUGAAGAAAAUCAUGCCUCGGAGAAGGCUAAGAUACUGGAAGAGAUUGUCUUGGCCAAAGAAGCCGCCGAUGCUGCAAAGGCUGAGACUGAUGCCCUUCAAGCAGACAAAGUCAGCGUGGUGGAGGAGUUGGAAGCAUUACGAGGUGCCAAUGAGCCACUGAAUGAGCAAAUCGCGGUUUUGCAAGAUGUCAACGCAAAAUUGACUGAAGAGCUGACGGAACUCAAAGAGUCAAUAGACAAGACUAAAGAAGAGCAUGAUGCUGCCUUAGCUGCAAAAGAAGCCGAUGCGCAGCGCAUCAAUGAUUUGGAGUCGGACAAAUCUAAUGUCGAGGCCGAGUUUGCUUCUCUAAAAGAAAACUCUACUGACUUCACAACUCGCAUCGAAGCACUUGAGUCCGAGAAGAGCAAUCUUCAGAUUUCAUUGGAAGCUGCCGAACAAGCGAAAGCCGUCUCUGAAGAGAGCAUUUCCGGCCUAGAAGAGGAGAAAUCGACUUUGACUGCUAAACUAGAAGAGUUGCAAGCAGCUCUACAAGACAAGGAACAAGAGAUUGAAGCAGCUGUGACAGCCAAGGCGGAACUUGAUCAGAAACUCGAAGCAGCACAGAUUCUUGUCAGUGAACAAGAAGAUCAUCAAGCACGUAGCGAGUCCUUGGAGGCUACAAAUAAAGAGCUGCUUGAAAAGCUCACGAGUUCCGAGACAGCGCAAGCUGGCACUCAAGGCCAAAUACAACAGCCUCGGGAUGAUCACGAGUCCGCUAAACUGAAGUUGGAGGAGGAAUUAAAUCUCGCCAAAGAAGCAUUGGCAAAGUCUGGUGAAGAAUCUACUACCGCAUUGAGUGAACUUCAGGAGAAAUUGACUGCACUGGAAGGCUCUCAUGAAUCCUUGCAAGCCACGUUGGACCAAUCUCAAAUAGAGGCUGAGGCUUCUCGGGCAGAAAUUGAAGAGAAGCUCUCAGCAGCUCAACAGGCUCACGCAUCAGCACAGGGAGCACUGGAGCAAGCUCAAGCCAGUGCGGCCGACUCCAGCGCUGAAUUGGAGCAAAAGCUCGCUGCAGCAUUGGAGGCACAAAAAGCCGCCGAAGAAGCCCUUGCACAGGCACAGGAAGAAUCCAAGAGAUCUGCUAAUCUGGCAGAGGAAGUCACUGUGGCUCAAACGGCCCAAAAGACAGCGGAAGACGCUCUAGAGCAGUUACAAGAACGGGUCAAGACUGCCGAAGAAGAGCAAGGCAAUCUCGAAGGCAAACUUCGUCUCGCAGAAGGUAUCCGGGCAGAAGCUGACAAGAACGUGAGCGAGGCUGAAGAGGCCAAGGCUGAGCUGGAAGAAAAACUGAAGGCUGCCGCCGAUGAGAAAGCUACAUCUGAGGCCAAGUUGACAGAAGUGGAACAGAAGUUGACGGAAGCUCUGGCCGAACUCGAGGAAGCGAAACAUGUAAAUUUCAGUGUGGUCGAUCAGUCGUCCAAGGAUCUGACUGCGAAGGAGGAUGAAUUAAGUGCCUCUUUGGCCGCUAAAUCAGAUAUGGAGGGACUGCUUAAGGAACUGGAAGUCAAGCUUGAAGAAUCCAACACCACCCACGAGUCAUCCCAGAGUCGACUACAUGAACUUGAAAAUGAACUCGAAGCUGUCCAGCAAAAGAGUGUCGAAGCUCAGAAGGCCCAACAGGAGGAGUUGGAAGUGAAGGUGCGCGAGGUCGAAGCGCUUGUCGAGAGUAACAAUGUCACCGAGGCCCAGUUGAAAGCCAAGGAGGCAGAAUUGGAAUCUCUCCGCAGCAAGGUUGAGACCGCGAAAUCGGCUACAAGUCAGCAGCCGCCCGGAGAAGAAAGCGGUGGUAGUGGUGGCGAAAAUGAUGAUACACUCGAGACCAAAGUCCAAGACCUGGAAAACUUGUCCAAGGAGCACGAAGAGGUGGCCGAAAAACUUCGGGCCGAGCUGAAGGCCAAAGACGGCGAGAUUGUCGAGCUCAAGGCGUGGAAGCAAAGAAUUGAAAAAGAUAUCGAUCAUCUCGCCGGAGGAGGAGGAGGAGAUGGAGAGGGAGAAGGCAAGGUUGCGCCGCCCCUUGAAGGGGAUGACGACAAAACUUCGACGGUGGCUGUAGUGAAUGGGAAGGAGACUGAAUAAAAGUAUCUUGUUGAAUACUUGACGACAACCCUCUCAUAUCUGGACAGACUUACGAAAUGGAGCAUCGUUUGGUUGUGGUUGCGAGCAAGCGAACUGAGCGUUUUUUAAACUGGUGCUUUAAUCGAAUGCAGAUUCAGUUAUACCAAGUCCUCCGUAUCCAUUCCGCUUGCUAGAUUUUUCAAUGUCGAUAGUUACCUAGGUACAUACCGUAGAUAUAUAAAAUGGUAAAGUCAUGGCAGAAAAGUCACAAUU